AUGGCCUCUGCCUCUGUGUUAGUGUCACUACCCAUCCACAAGCAUUUCAUGGUGCCUUGGAAUGAAAUGCAGAGAGGUGAUUGCUGUGGACGCUUUCAAUCUAUCACUGAUGGCUACUAUUGCAAAAUCUGCGAUUUUUUCGUACACAAGAUAUGUAGUGACGGGCCCUCCGAAUAUAUCCAAUACACAUUUCACUCCCUUCACACUCUUCAGCUGCUUCCAAGUAAACCAAGUCAGUAUUGCGAUUUGUGUGGAAGGAAAAUUGUGGAUCUAUGCUAUCGUUGUGAGAUCUGUGACUUCGACGUGUGUCUAUACUGUGCCAAGUAUCCACCACCACCAGAGCUUAUUGACAUAUUCGAGACGCAUCCUCACAAGCUCACACUUCUCAAGGAGUGGACAGAGUUUGUCUGUGAUGCCAAAUGUGGAAAGCUUGGUGAUGGGUUAUCUUACAUGUGUCAUGAAUGUGAUUUAGCAUUCCAUGUGGACUGCAUAUUGUACCCGCCAGAGGUAACACGCGGGACAGAUGUAACACGCCCGACAAAGUUAAACCACUCUUACCAUUCUCUCCAUCCUCUUAAGCUCAUUACAGGCGACGCACCGGACUAUUCCGAUGGAAAAUGUCGUCUUUGCGGAAGAAAGGGAGAUCGAAGCCCUUACAUAUGUGUUCAAUGUGGUUUCGUAAUCCAUCAAGACUGUCUUGGCCUUCCACGCAUCAUAAACAUCAAUCGGCAUGAGCAUCGUAUUUCUCGCACUUGUCUUCUUGGUGUUGUGAAUUCUGUAUGUGGAGUUUGUCGCCAGAAGGUAGAUUGGACUUGUGGAGGUUAUUCUUGUCAGAGUUGCACUGGCUAUGUGGUGCAUUCCAAAUGCGCUACCAGAAUGGAUGUGUGGAACGGGAAAGAACUCGAAGGAGUACCGGAAGAAACAGAAGAUAUAGAACCAUAUGUGGUGAUAGAUGAUAACACGAUACAACAUUUCAGCCACAAAGAGCAUUACCUAAGACUUAAUGAUGAUGGUAUUCUCUAUGAGGAGGACAAUCGUUGCAGCGCAUGUGCCCAUUCCAUUUGUCUCGAAUCCUAUUAUGGCUGUCUCAGUUGUGAUUUCAUUCUCCAUAUAAAAUGCGCUAAACUUCUUAGGAAGACAUGGAAUGUGCUCCACAAUGAUCGGCUUAAUUUAGUUACAUGCGAGACUGACCGGUUCCAUUGUUAUGCUUGUCAUAGGAUGUCCAAUGGCUUCAGGUACAAAGAUGAGGACAAGGUGUUAGAUGUUCGAUGUGGUUCGAUUUCUGAGCCAUUUUUCCAUCCAAGUCAUCCCAAUCAUCCCUUAUUUCACAUUCCACAUGAUCGUUCUAUAAAUUGCAAUGGUUGUGGAGCGUAUAGUGCAUAUCAUGUCCUCAGGUGCAUUGAAGAUGGUUGUGAAUUUAAUUUAUGCUUCGGUUGCGCCACUUUACCACAAGUUGUAAAGCACAGAGUUCACGAUCAUCCUCUCACACUAUACUAUGGCGAAGAUGCAAGUGGUAAAUACUGGUGUGACAUUUGUGAGACAGAAACUGAUCCAAGCAAGUGGUUCUACACGUGUAAAGAUCACCAUGCUAGUUUGCAUACACAUUGUGUGUUCGGAGAGUUUGGAGGGCUCAUGCCAAGAACCACAGUAGAGAUUAAGGACAAGUCAUAUGAGGUGGUGCUCAAUGAUAGUGUAUCUCGCCCAUUUUGUACCAACUGUAAGUCGCGGUGCUUAUACCGUAUCAUGUUGAAGAUGCUUGGUAUCUCAGAUGCGUACAUUUGCUCUACAUACUGUGCAAUUACUUUCAAUUAG